GUUGAAAUGAUAUUUACACUUGGUGUUUUAUAAUUUUUUUAUGGAUUUUUUUUUACACGUUUCCUCGUACGAUCAGGAAACAAGGGACCAUCAAAUGUACUUGUCCCAACCUUUUUUACCCUAGGGGAUCUAUAUAUUGUGUAAUAUUAUCAUAUGGUGUAUGGGCCGCUUUACAGAAAAAAGAAAGAAAGAAGCCGCCCGUUAAACUGGACUUUAAUGUAUAUCUGAAUUCGUUGCUCUUAGUUACGAAAUAAAGUAUUUGUUGUAUAUCGACGAAAUCGUGUCACUUUUUUCCAGACGUCCAUCUGUUUGACAGCAGCGUUUGAUUCUAUUACGCACUGACAUUGAUUUAAAUGAUUAAUUAAUAAGUAUUCGACUUUGAGCGAAAUAAUGGGAUCUUCGUCACCCGAAAACGUUUCGAAUUUGAUUGCAAAACCUGAGGAGAAAUACCCACCAGAACCCAGAUAUGUAUCGAAAUACCGGAAGCAAAUAAUAGACGCUUCAAAGCAAGGAAAAAGCGAUCACAAGACAAUGGGAAUGCCAGUCAUGGACUCAGACAUGCCUGUUCAAUAUCUUAAAAAACGGAGUACCCCAAAAUCUUCAAAGAAGCUCCCAGUUGGUCACCAGCUGCGUCGUCGUUAUAAUCAUCAGAGUGAAUUAGUAGCUGAGAAACUAAUAAAGCAAACGGAGUUUGAGAAACGUCGGAUCUACCAAGAUUUUGCAAUGAAAAACGCUGAAGAGGCGAGAAAAUUACGGUUGAAUAAGACCAGACGAGGGUUGUUUUGCGUCGACGACCGCUUCGGUAAUUCCUACCCUGUUAUGGCCAGUGGAAUGUUUCCCGUUUACAGAAACAGGGAGUGUUUUGGAAAGGUACCGGGUACAUAUCCACCACCAUUAAAAACUCUUUCGAAACAUGAACGGGAAAGCAGUCUGAUAGAUGAACCAACAGCUGAAUUCGGGAAAUUGAAGAAGAAUGAUACAUUAAAGAGUUCGCCGAGACGCAGUCGGUCCCCAGGUAAAAUACCGCAGUUGGAAAAAAAGUACCAUGAAAUGAAAGGUCGAGGAAAAUCGCCAAAAGCAGUGACGCGUAAAAAUAGAGCGAUUGAGAAUACACCGAAAGUGUCAAGAAAAAUUGAGCAGUCACGAGGAAUCACGAAAAAAAAAAGUCAAGAAAACAAUGCAAAAACAGAUCAUCGACAGGUGGACUCAAUAAAAAAAGAACCAACUAAGCCGACAGAUGUCGGAGGUACUGGAAUAAGUGCAGACGAGAGCGGAAAAGCGCUAAAGAAAGAUGAUCAAGUGACGGUUACUGAUUCAAGCUCAUGGGAUGCCAAAAAUAAUGGAGGACGAAAAGUAGAAAACGAUAAGCGCGAAAACUCCGAAAGUUCCACAAGUGAAGCAGAAUCAAAGGAUGGAAGAGAAAGCGAGGAGAGUUAUGUAGACACUGAAACGACAAUUUCUUCAAAAAGUGAAAAAAGCGAGACUUCGACAUCGAGGAUCACUAUUCCGUACCAAAAACCUCGUUGCCGUUACGUUACCGAAGACGAACGAGCCGAGCUGCUCAACGGCAUGAAGAAAAAGUGGGACGAUAUGAUGAAUAAAUUUCAGUGUCUACCUUUCGUAACGGAUACACAGCCGAAAAUGAAACGAAAAUCAUACAUGGAACGAAAAUUGUUGAAUUUGGAGAAGGAUAUAAAAACGAUCGAGCAACAUCCUUACAUUUAUGUAUACAGUGAUUCGGAGGAUUAAAUAACCCGUAAUUCGAAGUA